AUGAAUUUAACACUGCUAACUGCUAAACAUCUUCUCAUCCUCUGUUGCAACGGCGGUAUACCAUUUAUCGAUCUUCACACCCAAACAAAUCUUCGGGAAAAACACAAAUUGACACACACCGUUGACCCGACUGAUUGGAUUGCUGUGGAUACAUCCGGUUCUGAGCUUAAUUUAUCAAUGAUUAACUCAUUAUCAACUUUACAUAUACCGCCAAAAAUGGAAUUGGACGCUUGUGAUUUGUUCAAUUUGACAUUUUCCGAUAUUGAAGACGAGGAGCUCUUUGAGAGGAAUAAAGGUGAAGUGAAAUGCAGAUGUCCUUUACGUCAUAUUGGCUUGUCAUGUGAACUUGAAGCAUCGAAAAAUGUAAAAAGUAUCGAUCGUAGCUUUUACAACACAAUUUCAUCAAUUACACUGAUUCUCAUAUUUGGUGCUCUCGUAAUUACGGUUAAAGAACUCUUAAAUAUUAGUAAUAUCUUACCUAUGUAA